AUGAUGAUGCAUGGUGUUAUAGAGUUUCUUGAAGAUAUUUGUGAAUUCAGAGGAAUCAUGUUUGACUAUGGAGCGGAUGUGGCAAGUGGACGACAGGAGUUUAGCCAGGAGAUGCUGCAGAGCAAGAUCAGAAUCAGCCAUUUAUUGAAUGUAUCUGAAAGAGCACCGAGAUCAAAGCAUGAUUGGUGA